GUUGGAUUCGAUCGGUCGCCCAAACGGCGCGGCAGGAUGGAAACCUCAACAACCAUGGACAUUACAAAGCUGUGGCGGCAGCCAGCUCAAGCUCAGCCAGCCCCACCAUCGUGCAAAGACAAAGACAGUCAGCCCCGACCACCCGCAAAAGUCCUUCGGCCGCAAUCCGGCAAUCCUUGCGUCGUCGCAAAGCCCAAGCGUAAACGCGUUGGAUCUGCCAAACCCACUCGGUUUACAUGGAACCUACUCGUCAAACACGACCAGCCCGUCGCCCCCGCGCUGCUAGAACGCGUGCGCGCGCUGACCAACCAAUCAACCGCCCCCACCAACGGCAUGGCUAGCACGCAGCAACUGCCUCGUUCAGCCAGAGUUAAAGAGGAGGACGAAGUACUGCCGGUGACCCCCGAAAGCUCCCACGACGACAAGAAGGCAGACGAUAUGCUGGUGAGAUACCCCCGCCGCAAAGCCACCGUGUUCGCGUCUCGCCCUGUCACGACGCCGCUGGCGUCCGAGCUAGUUGACGACUGCAACAUCGCCCCUGUAGUGGACCACGACACAAGGAGGAAACUCGUGACGUGGCUGCGCCAGUUUCCAGCUGAGCAGGGCGACUUUUUAUCGCCCAUCAACUACUUUGAGCUCAAGUAUUCGCAAGCCCGAGGUCUCACGUCGGCAUGGCGAGACCCGCAAAAGGUGCGACUGGCCGUCGCGUUUGGGAGUUUACACGGACUUGCGACCACGGAGACACCGAUUCCAUCCAUCUUUUUGCUGCAGUUGGUCGAGGAAUUGGGCCACGGUCUAUUUGAAAACUACACUGUGGUGCGGGACCAAGUCGCGGCCCUUGUUAACCCGUGCUUGCACUACUUUGAAUCAGCCCCCGCGUAUUUCGAGCGGUAUGCAGCGAAAUGCGAAGCACUGGCGGAGAUGCAGAUUCAGCUGCAUAAACUAACUGAACAAACCAACUCGAUCAAGCAGUCGAGUAUGUCUACCCAAGUGCUGUCAAAGCUGCGGACAAGUGUGGCGUUUGUCAAGCACAAUAAAAUAGCUCCAAAUGUGCACCACCAUCGGCUUCAUAGCGUCAAAGAUAUCUCGUCCAACGACGAGGACUUGGUGAACGAGCUACAAAUCAAAGACUUUAUGGAUUAUAUGGCCCCAGAUGACAUCGCGCACAUGUUAUUGCGGGUAUUGGACGACAAAACCAUGAUCUCGACGUUGACAUCUCUUGUGGACGCGAUGAACGAAGAUCAACGCAUGGAAUUUUACGCGUCGUACCAACGGUGCAUGUCGGCCGACGAGUUGUACUUGUUUAUUAGCCGCGAAAUGUCGGAAAAGAAGUUUGUGUCCCACCAGUCAAGCAACAACGCCCGACUCUCUAGAGCGAAAAGCGUGAUGCACCCCACCGACGGCUUUGUGGAUAAAUUACGGCGACUUUUAGCCAUCGAUCACAUUCCCCCGCCUCCCCAAAAGGAUCUCGUUUUUACCCCCGACGAAGAGCAUGUGCUCGUGACCGUGGCGGCUCUGAUGGAGCACUGUCAGGACAUCCGCAAUGAACUGUCCAGUUGCUCGCUCCAAGACGUGAUUCCCAUCCAUUCGUCUGUACGAAAUGUGUUGGAAAAGCUGCUCCAAUAUGGAGAUACGUCGAAGGAGUCCAUGGUUAGUGGAGGCAGCCAACUACAACUCAACAGCCAACCUAAUGACAAUGUCGACAACAAUAAGCCCAGCCCCCAAGACCCCGAGAACGACGACGACUUAGACGACGACGAAGAAGACGAGUUUGACGUGUCUGGUCGAGCCAAGAAGAAGUCGAGCGUUCGCCGCAAACUUCGUAAGCGCAAGGGGGCGAUUUCCCCCGUCAGAGCCAAGGCGGCGCGCGUGAUGCCUCUGGCGGACGUGUGCUCGGCCAUCUCGUCUCUACUGUGCGAAAAGCUAUGGCAGGAGGCCAACGAUCGGUCCAAACUGACGCUGCGGCCGUUUAUGAGGCAGUAUUUUAUCCGCGUUUAUGGGCUCAAGUCGCUCGCGAUGGCGCAUAUCAGUAGCUUCAAGCACUCGCUUGCGAUUAACCAGCAUGAGAACAGACGGGCGUCGCUCUUUUACUGGUUCCUCGGCUGCGAUGAAAGCCGCAAGUUUAGCGCAGACUACGCGUUCGAGUUCUUCAAGUCGGUUGUCAAGCAUGUGCUCGUGGUGCACAAUAAGGCGCCAGUCAAGCCAUUUCUCGUACAAACGACCCCCGAUGUCAUGACGUCGUUGGAAAGCAUCCAGUAUGCGUGGACGGAUCUGCUCGGAGAUGGAUGUGUCCUCGAUGAUGUACCUGACAACAACCUCAACUCGUCCACCAAGAAACGACUGGUCACCCUCGCCAAAGCCAUCGAAGUCACCAAGUUGAGCUUCUACGAUGGAAACGACCGCGAAGCCACAGUGUCUUUGUUUUUGGACGACCUCAAAGACCGAGUAAACCCCAUCGGGAUGGAGGACUUUUUAAGUGGAAUUAUGGACUGCUGGCUCAAGUUAUUCGAGUUUACUGUCCAAUUAAUCCGCGUGAAAUUCAAAGAAGCCGACAAGAACGGCGACGGCACCAUGGACUUCGAAGAGUUCAUAGCGUUCAUGCAAGCGUCCAACGUGCUCGGGUUCUCCGAGGAAAACAACGCCCAACUCACCACGAAUGGUACCAAACUUCAACGCCCCACGGCAUCCAUAUUUCGCAAACCGGCUGGGAGUAGCAGUAGUAGUAAUUCUACUAGUACUAGUACUAGUACUAGUGGGGCGACGACCAGCCCGACCAAGAAGGCGACGCUAGCCCCCGAUGCCGAGACCAAAAAGCGAGAGCUGGCGCGCACCGAAGCCCGCAUGCGACGGGAAGCCAUCGCGAUAUACGAUUCGCUUACCAACGAUGACAAUAUCAUCGACGAGAACGCGUUCAUAGAGUAUUUGCUCACCCAAGUGCAGUGGCUGAGCAACGAGGAAGACGCGACCGUCGUGGCUGCAGUCGUUGCUCCCAGUCCCAGUGACGCCAGCCCCAUUUCUCCUGUGGACCACAACCCGUCUAGUAUUACUAGUCCUACCACCAACUACUACUCGCCUACUACUAGUGCAAGCGCCGACGACGUCUCCGGCGGACGUACCCAAGACAUCCCAUUGGGUAUAGUCGACGCAACUCCACCUUGUGCUGCCACGUCAGUUGCCCUGCCAGAUGACUGGCCAGUUCAAGUCGCAGAAGCUACAGCUACGACGACCUCGACCCCAAUGGAUAUACUGCCUUUGGAUGGAAAUAGAGUAGUUAGUGGUAGUUCUGUGGUGGUGUAAUCAAAAUAUUACUCUAUUGGAUACUCG